CCCUUCCUGGUUCUGAAGACACCGACCCCAAGAGCGGCCGCCACAAAGCCAAAGUCCUCCGUACCACAAAGACCUCUGGCUAGAAGGGGCGGAAGUGCACCGGAGCCCGGCCGCCGCACUCACUGCUCUUUUGGGUCCGUUUCUGAGUACCCAUCUGUGCCUGGAUGGUUAGAGCGCGGUUAAUGCCGCUCAAUGACUUAAUUGAUUCCCUUUUCGCUUGUUCUUACCAGGAAGCCUGUCUUAUCUGGGGCAGCUGGAUGGGCGCAGAGGCUCCCGACUGGCUUGGCACCUGGCGGUGGGGGGUGGGGGUGGGGACCAUAGAGAUGUAGUCCUCCGUCGGCCUAGACCGCACCCUCCCGAGUGUGGGUUAGCGCGCUCACGUUAUCUUCGGUUGCCUGGGGCCGGGUGAGCGAAGCCGGCUCCUGAGGGCCGCGGGUCGUGCAAACGCGAGGGAGGUGAAGAAACGUGGCAGGACCUGGAUUUGCACGCCGAGCCUCGAAGAGAAGACUGCAGCCUGGUUCUUCCCCCGCUGCCCUCGAAGGGCGGCUGUGAAUCCGGACCCAGGGCCUUCGCGCCUUGAGGUGAGAAGAUCCUGAGAGUGGGGAGCAAGUCUUCUCUGUAGGCCUGAGGGGGAAGAUCGGGGUUGUGGAGUCUUGGGUCACCACGUCCCCCGCUCCUCAGCUUCGAGCUGACGCAUCCACAACUGCCUACGGCAUAUUACGAUGGCUGGCAAUGCCUCUACUCUCAAUCCUGUGCAGACCCUUCAGGAAGAAGCGGUGUGCACCACCUGCCUGGAUUACUUCAAGGAUUCCGUGUCAGUUGGCUGCGAGCACAACUUCUGCCUGGGGUGUGUGACCCAGCUUGAGGUUAAAGACGAGGAAGGUAAAUGGGAGGACAACGGCGACGAGGCGAUGGGGGCCAUCAGUGGAUGGUACAACUCUAUCGAGGUUUUGUACCAGGGGAAUGCUAACGAGUUGUUCGAGGGCCAAGAGGAUGAUGACACAGUCGGUGACGGUGGCAUAAAAAAUCUGGACAACAUGGACUAUGUGUGGCACCUGGAGGGAGAAGAGGAAGAUCGGGACUAUUACCUGGGAGGUUUGAGACACGACCUGAGAAUUGACGUCUACCCGCAAGAGACACUGGCAGAAUACCAUGAGGAUGACGAAGAGCUGUACCUGCCUCCUUCCGCCCCGCCACUCCCACAGUUCACCUGCCCCCAGAGCCGAAAGAGCUUCACAUGUCUCAGCUUUCGUUUCAACUUGUAGCUGGCCAACAUGGUCCAGAUAAUUCACCACUCCUCAUGGAGGGAACUGGGGAAUGAUCAGGGCAUCUGGUCCAAACACCAGGAAGCCCUGAACUUCUGCGAGGUGGAAGAGGCCAUCUGUGUGAUGUGCCGAGAAUCCAAGAGCCACAAACAUCGCAGCUUGGUGCCACUGCAGGAGGUAGUGCAGGAGUACAAGGUGAGAGGCCUAAUUCCCAAGUAAGUUGGGUGUUUGAAAGGAGUGGAGAGGAAACCAGGGGAGCUGGGAAAGGUAGGUACUUACUAGUUAAAACUCUUUUUGGGGAAAGAUGGGUGGGUAAAGUGGAGAUGGGCAUAUUUGGACAAAGGAGACAGUGGCUGAGGUCAGUUGGCUUCCCCAGAGGAAGCUGAACAAAGACGAGACAGUCACCAGUAACUGACCACUGUUGUCAUUCCUUUUCAAUCUACCUAAGUAUAAAGGGUAUAGGUGACAGAUCCCUAGUACUUAUUUCCCUCUGAUGUGAGUCCUGAGUCUAUACCUGACCAAGCCUCCAGGACCUUUAACAGAGGAAUGGAAAACCAUAGUCCUUGUAGAUAGUAGACAUUUGGGACCUCAGAGCACAAGCAGUGUCAAAACAAGAUAGGUGCUGGUAAACUGAAAUGCCAGGUGUGAGUCCUAGAUUAGUAGAGCAACUGGCCACACCCCAAUACCAAAGUUUGGGGUUGUUUCCCCACCUUCAGUGUAGAUUCCACUUUCCCUGUAGAGAAAGGCAGAGACCAUAAACAUUUUUGAUGGUUUAGAAUAAACCUCAUGUGCUGAUCACUUUGCAGUGGAAGGAGUGAGGGAUUUAGGAUCAGAUGGCCUGGCUCUGCCACGUACUGUCUAAUCUUGAGCAGGUUUCAACUUUUCAACUUUACUUUUUCCCUGGGCUUGUUAAGAUUAAAAGAGAUCAUGCAUGUGGAAGUAUUUUAUAAACCACAAGGCACUAAACAGAUAUUUGCUUUUUUAUGUGACUUUCCUCUACUUUGUCUUCUUUGGGUUUUGAUUUGGUUAAUGCCUUGCUUUCUAGUUCCGAACAUUAGAGAAUUGUCUCAAUGACAGUCAGCAUGAAUACUGUCAUCUUUACCAGUCUCCUAGGUGGACUGCUAGGUGACUCCUAGCAGUACCCAAGGAAGGAGAGGUUGUCUCCAGGCCCAGAAAAGUCUUAACCUGAGUAUUCAAUAGCAGCUGCUCACAUCUCAGUAGUGCUUUACAGUUUAUAAAAUAUAUUUCCUCAUGUUUGCCUACAGCAGUGAUGUUCAAACUGUGGAUUUUGCCCAAUUCAUGGGUCUUAAAAUAAAUGGAUCAUGCCUAGCAUUAUUUUAAAAUGAAAUAGAAUAGAAAAUAUCAGAGUGCAUGGGGCAUAGAAAGGGUAAGUAUUGUUUUAUGAAACUUAUAUGUACACAUGUAUACUCUGUCUCAAAGUAAAAUGUAUUGCUUACUCUGGGUUGCAUUCAAAUCACAAACAACACUGUCCUAUAGGCAUCAUAUAUUAGAUAUUAUCAUCAUCCUCCCCAACCCCCCAUUUUACAAUAACUUGGUAAGUGCACAGUUAAGACACAAAUCUUAACUACAAAUCACAGCUAAUUCCAUCAUACUAAUCUGACUUUAAGUACAAACCCAAGCACCAGGCUUUCCCUCAGGGUAAUAAUUAAGUUUGCCUACGGAAGAAACUAUGUUCUAUACUUCUGGGUUUUAGUACACUGAAGCUGAGGAAAGGAGGUAACCUUUCAUUGCUCUGCUGGAAUUUUCUGGGAAGGAAUUGAAACCACAAUUUUAAUUGAACGUGAGUUGAAACAAGAGAAAAGACAGUCUUUUCAACUGAGAAGGCCAGACGACACUCAUUUGAAACCUGGAACGUUAUCUUUAAACUGAUGGUAAUUGACAUAUUCUUUCAUUCCUUAUACAGUGCAUAGUUUUAUCCCUUCCUCUCAUGGAUGAACGCAUAUUACAGUAGCAUGAUUUAGAGUUUUACGGAACAAAACUCAUGAUAACAUUAUAAGGAACUAUUUUGUAUGAUGAUUUAUUUAAUGUGUUACACAUUGCACAGUUCUGGUUACAGUUUCUCUCGUUACAUACUAAUUCAACACAAAUCUUUUAUCUACUUUGGAGUGAUCAAGCUUUUUAGUUUCAGGGGCAAUGGGCAGGGAGUCAUGACGCAUCAGUGAUUUUUAGGAAUAGGAGAUAAAAGUAUUUCCCCUCCGUCCACAAAUUAUAUCAGCAUUUCAGGGUAUGGGGAGUGGUAGUUUAUAAUAUCAUAUUUACUGUUAUAAAGUUAGAAAAAGUUACUUUCUAAGUGGGAAAGAACUCCUUGGCUAGUGGGAAUAGAGAUAGAGCAAGAAGCAUUCAGCGUAAGGCCUAUAAUUAGUGAGGCGUAUGACAGGUUGGGUAGCCACAGGAGAUAGUCAUUGUGGUAUGGUGCCAUUUAUACUGCUAUUUCUAUCGCAUAUCCAGGACAGUUCUGUUGUUUUGAGGUCAGUGUUCUUUUUAAGUUUAAUUUUGUAUGAGAAGCUUUUUAGCCCUGAAAAGCUUACUUAUUUACAUCUUCCAUUUUGUCUAUCCCAUGAGUUAGAGUUUGUCUUGACUCUUCAAGCUAGAAUCAGAUUAUGAAAGUGAAAUCAUUUAGAUUUUACCAAGGGCACCAUUAAAUGGUGUCAGGUUUUGGGCAGCAAAUGGGUGUAUAAAAAGAAAAUGAAAAAAGAU